AUGCCUCCUAAGAAGUUCGCUGAUUUGAGCGAGUUCCUCGAAGACCAGGCUCCGGAACCAGGCUACGUUCCUUCGCCAUACGGUGGUUAUUUCAAGAAUGCUAAUAACUACCAACAGCAGCGUUCUUACAACAAUACCAACAAGGGACCUAGUUAUAACAACCAGAACAGUAAUAACUAUUACAACCAAAGUUACAACAACUCUCAAAACUAUGGCUCUCAGAAUUAUCGCGGCGGCUACAACGAUUACCAGUACCAGCAGUCAGCAGUGACGCCAGAUCAAAGUAAGACACCAACUCCAAGUGCAUCUACUACUUCUUUAACCUCUUUAAAUGAUAACAUGGCCAACCUACAGGUGAGUCCAGUUUCUGCUGCUUUGGAACAAAUUCCUCAAUGUAAGACCAUAGCUGAUUGUAAGAAAAAAUUAGAUAUUGUCAUUGAAGAAUUCAAUAAAGAUGGUGCCUCUGCUAAAGAUCUUGAGACUUGGUCUAUUCCAGAUGUACUAACAAAGUUUGCUAAACAGAAAAACCCAGCAUUGGUUAAAGAAUCCGCUAUGCUUCUGAUCGGCAAAUUAGCCCAACACUUCCACGAUAAACAUCCUCAGGAGGCUUACCUAUUGCCAUUUUUCGAUUUUGCUCUAGAUGCAGUGGCAGACAAAGAAAACACGGUCAAAAGAGCUGCACAGCAAUCAAUGGAUUCAUUGGUGAAUAUUUUCCCAUUGGAAGCCUUGACCAGUUCAGUCUUACCAAGGAUUUUAGAGUAUUUGGCAUCAGGUGCUAAAUGGCAAAGUAAAUUGGCAGCAUUGGGUAUUAUCGAUAGAAUAAGAGAGGAUUCCCCCAACGAUCUUUUAGAAUUGACUUUCAAACAAACAGUGCCAAUACUAACCGAUGUGGCCACAGACUUCAAACCUGAACUAGCAAAGAGAGGUUACGAGACUUUGCUCAACUAUGUUUCCAUUUUGGACAAUUUAGAUUUAGCUCCACGUUACAAACUGAUCGCUGACACUCUACAGGAUCCAAGUAAAGUGCCUCAAUGUGUUAGAGCACUUUCAAGUGUGACUUUUGUUGCAGAAGUUACCGAACCAGCAUUGUCACUUCUAGUCCCUAUCUUGAACAGAUCUUUGACCCUAUCAUCAUCUUCUCAAGAGCAGUUGAGACAAACAGUUAUUGUGGUAGAAAAUUUGACCAGAUUAGUCAACAACCGUAUAGAAAUUGAAAGUUUCAUUCCACAACUGUUGCCAGGUGUCCAAAAAGUGGUAGACACUGCAUCAUUGCCUGAAGUUCGUGAACUUGCAGGUAAGGCUCUCCAAGUCUUGAAAGAGGACGAAGAACCAAACACUGCUGACUACUUCCCAGGUAGAAUUGCUACCUCCGAAGGUAAAGACUUUUUGUUGAAAAGAUUACCCAAGCUGUCCAUCAACGAUAGACUUCUACAAAUCUUUUUACAAGACGAAAAAACCAUUCAAUAUUUGGCCGAACUGCUCACCGUGGAUGCUAAUGUUAACGAUUGGAAGAGACUACAAGAAUUUUUGAUUUCGGUUUUUGGUGAAAUCAACGAGGAAGCCAUUGUAGCUAACUUCAUCAAUGACCUGAGAGCUAUCUUCCACCAGGAGAAGACUCAGUACGAUGAGAGUGAAGGUGUUGAGAUCGUCAAUACUGAUUUCUCAUUGGCCUAUGGUUCUAGAAUGUUGUUGAACAAAACUACUUUGCGUUUACUGAAGGGUCACCGUUACGGUUUAUGUGGUAGAAAUGGUGCUGGUAAAUCCACAUUGAUGAGAUCUAUCGCCAAUGGCCAGUUAGAAGGUUUCCCUGACAAGAACACUUUGCGUACUUGUUUUGUGGAACACAAAUUGCAAGGUGAAGAAGGUGACUUAGAUUUGGUUUCUUUCAUUGCACUUGAUGAACAGUUGCAGCAAACCUCUCGUGAAGAGAUUGCCAAUGCACUUGCUGAAGUUGGUUUCGAUGAAAGUAAAAGGGUUCAAACCGUGGGAUCUCUUUCCGGUGGUUGGAAGAUGAAAUUAGAAUUGGCUAGAGCUAUGUUGCAAAAGGCUGAUAUUUUACUAUUGGACGAACCUACUAACCAUUUGGAUACAGCCAAUGUGAAAUGGUUAGAAGACUACUUGUUGGACCACACCGAAAUUACUUCCUUGAUUGUUUCCCACGAUUCUAGAUUUUUGGAUGCUGUUUGUACUGAUAUUGUCCAUUAUGAAAAUAAGAAACUGGCUUACUACAAGGGUAACUUGGCCAAGUUCGUGGAACAAAAACCUGAAGCUAAGGCUUACUACACCUUAUCCGAUAGUAACUCUCAAAUGCGUUUCCCACCUCCAGGUAUCUUGACCGGUGUGAAAUCUAACACAAGAGCGGUUGCCAAGAUGAGUCACGUCACUUUCACCUACCCUGGUGCACCUAACCCAUCCCUUAACGAUGCAAGCUGUGCUUUGUCUCUUUCCUCUCGUGUGGCUGUUUUGGGUCCUAACGGUGCUGGUAAAUCCACUUUGAUCAAGAUUUUGACUGGUGAAUUGGUUCCUCAAGAGGGUGAAGUGCAAAAGCACCCUAACUUGCGUAUUGGUUAUAUUGCUCAACAUGCCUUGCAACACGUUAACGAACACAAGGAGAAAACCGCCAACCAGUAUUUGCAAUGGAGAUACCAAUUUGGUGAGGAUCGUGAAGUUCUUUUGAAAGAAUCCAGAAAGGUCUCUGAAGAGGAGAAGGAAAUCCUAAAGAAAGAAAUUGAUAUCGGUGACGGUUUUUCUGCAAGAACCAUUGAAGCCAUUGUAGGUAGACAAAAGUUGAAGAGAUCUUUCCAAUAUGAAAUUAAAUGGAAACUAUGGAAGCCUAAGUACAACUCAUGGGUUUCAAGGGAAAGAUUGGUUGAAGAAGGUUUCGGUAAAUUGGUCCAAAAAUUCGAUGACUUCGAAGCAUCUAGAGAAGGUUUGGGUUACCGUGAAUUAAUUCCUUCUGUGAUUACAAAACAUUUUGAAGGUGUUGGAUUGGAUUCUGAAAUUGCCAACCACACCCCCUUGGGUUCUUUGUCAGGUGGUCAAUUGGUUAAAGUCGUUAUUGCAGGUGCAAUGUGGAACAACCCUCACUUGUUGGUGUUGGAUGAACCUACUAACUAUCUGGAUAGAGAUGCGUUAGGUGCUAUGGCAGUUGCCAUCCGUGACUGGAAGGGUGGUGUUGUGAUGAUUUCUCACAACAGUGAAUUCGUUAGUGCUCUAUGUCCUGAACAAUGGAUCGUAGAAAAUGGUAAAUUGACUCAAAAGGGUGUUGCUCAAGUGGAUCAAACCAAAUUUGAAGAUGGUGGUAACGCUGAAGCUGUGGGCUUAAAGCCAGUCAAGGCCUCUCCUUCCGUUACUGAUGACGAUUCUCCAGCAAACAUCAAGGUUAAGAAGAAGGUUAAGAGAUUGACAAGAAACGAGAAGAAACUUCAAGCAGAACGUCGUCGUCUGCGUUACAUCGAAUGGUUGUCUUCCCCUAAGGGCACACCAAAGCCAAAGAACUCCGAUGAUGAGAGUGAAGGUGAAGAUGAGUAG